UGGAGUUUCCCGAUGUCAGUCAACAGCAGCUUUGCCACCACUUCUCCUGAUUCUCGACUCCGCUGCUGCUGCACUUGGCGACCAUAUCGGCCGUCAGGGAAAGAAAUGCCAACGGGAUGAGGGGAUCGUAGGCCAUGUAAAUACAAAGUAUCAAAUGUUUACGACUUCAUCGACAAACCGAUGCGCAGUUUGCUUUUCGAUUAUCGCAGUUAUGCUCCCGGUCGUCUCCCGUCCGUCUGUUUUAUCCAGCGCCGCGUCUAGCCUCGGGAAAAUGUACCCGACUAUUCUUGAUAGCAUUUUUUUCGCAAACAAAAGAAGACACCUGAAAAAACAAUAAAAGAGCACGACAGAAGGAUCGUUCCAGGUGCCCCCACCUCAUGGAGAAGGUUGGCAAGGUGUGGAGCAACCUGAAGAGAGGGUGUCAGUCUCUGCUUCACACAGAUGGGGGUUCUCGUGUUGAAACAUCGCCACAGCUUCAACCGCAAACAGAUACAGUGUGCCAUAGUGUGGACAGAGCCCAGGGAGAUAUCACCCUAGAGGCCAACAGUCCCUCUAGCAGUGUAGCAGCACUUCCUCUAGUGGCAUGGAGGACCAGUGGGAGUGUGACACGACGGGGCCAUAACUGUGUAGCAGAUGUACCCCAGAUACUGGAGAUCACUGUCGAGCAGGAUGCUGAUGAUGCUCGUGCUCCACUGGGAGCCCGCAGAGACUCCUAUUCACGUCAUGCACCUUGGAGCGGAAAAAAGAGACACUCUUGUUCUACUAAGGCUCAGAGUUCUCUAGAAACCACAGACCGGCAAUCAGGCCGGUCUCGGCGCAGACAUGGGACUGGUAACAGCCCAGAGGAGUUGGAGUCAGGGACAACACGUUCAAUUCGCCAGCAAAUCCAUGAUACUGUGGGCCUAUGCCUCCCACUACGCUCAUCUUCUCGAAAUACUCACCUUCCACCACCCAAACGCAAAAUACAAAUUACGGAGCUGAUGCUGGAGACAUGCCCAUUUGCACCAGGAUCAGACCUUGCCAGAAAGUGGCACCUUAUUAAACAACACACUGCACCCAUCAACAUGAUUCCAUUGGAUUCAUCUUCUGAUGCAUGUGGUGCUACCUGUGCAUCCCCGGAAGAUGAAGAGGAGCGUUUGCGAGAAAGAAGGCGACUUAGCAUUGAGGAGGGUGUGGACCCACCUCCAGAUGCUCAGAUCCACACAGUGGAGGCCAUCACAGCCCCCUUAGCUUCUCUUUAUAAGCUAGGACCGAAGCUUGCUCCAGGAAUGGGUGAGGCCGUAGGCGAUAGUCGAGGUGCAGCAGCAGCAGCUAACUGUGACUCUGAGGACGAUGAAACCACCACACUUUGCUUGCAAGCUCGCAAACCCAAGCAGUGGCAUGCUUCAGGAGAGGGCCAUCUGAGCAGCAAGCAACCGGGUCCUUGGAAAGUGCACACCCAGAUUGACUAUAUUCACUGCUUGGUUCCAGAUCUGCUGCAGAUCACAGCCCUUCCCUGUUACUGGGGUGUGAUGGACCGUUACGAGGCUGAAGCAUUGCUAGAUGGUCGACCAGAGGGAACUUUUUUGCUGCGUGACUCUGCUCAGGAAGACUACCUAUUUUCUGUUAGCUUCCGCAGAUAUGGUCGUUCGCUACACGCACGCAUUGAGCAAUGGAAUCACAACUUCAGCUUUGAUGCACACGACCCCUGCGUGUUCCAUGCAGCCACUGUCACCGCACUCUUGGAGCACUACAAGGACCCUAGCGCUUGCAUGUUUUUUGAGCCAUUGCUCACUGUGCCUCUGCACCGGACCUUCCCAUUUGGCCUGCAAAGCCUGGCUCGAGCUGCAAUUUGCCAUGGGAUCACCUACGAUGGCAUCGGGGCACUACCACUGCCCCCUGCUCUGCAGGACUACCUCAGGGAGUAUCACUAUAAACAGAGGGUGCGUGUACGCUGGCUUGAGCGAGAGCCGGUCAAGGCCAAGUGAGGCAGGCUAGAUACUGUACUUCUCAUCUCUCCAUCGAGUAAUUCAUUCAUCACUUUGCAGAGGUGGAAGAAUUACACACUUUUUGGGAAGGGGUCUGAUGUUUGGGGUUGGAAGUAAGGAGGGACCUGAAACUGAACACUAUAAGUUUCUAUCAUUUUUUUUUUGUUAUCACUCUAACAAACAAAGUUACAUAUACAGGCUCUCCAGAGUGCACAUUUCACUACAGCUUCUGGACUAGAAUGAAGCAGCAGAGGUCUUAGUCUCAUUUUCUUUCUUCCUUAGUUCCCAUGGCUGUGUUCUAAGGGGGAUCUGCAGAUUCAGCUAUUUUCAUGCCUCUCCACCCUUUAACAGCUUGACUGGUUUAUAGCCAUUGGUUUAUAGCCAUUUCACUUUUUUCUUUCUGUUGUACCAUUCACCUCCUUGCCUCCCCAUAAUUCCCUUGUAUUGAAAUUGCAUCACAAGUGUUUAUUUAAAGUAACAUUGUGGACAAAUUCUGAGGGGAGAGGAGAAGUUCGGUGAUGUCCAUUUAUUGCUUUUUCCAGCUUCUUUCAUCAUCAUUAGAUUUCAUGGUGCUCUGUCAGUGAUUCUCAUGGUAACGUUCUGUGCUCAUUCCGCAGUUUAGAGGAGGAGGCAUUCAGGAGCAGGAAAAACUCUAGAAAGACUUUCCCCCUGCUAAAAGAAAGGCAGAAGAGAUCCAUGAAAGAUAGUUUAAACUAUGUGUCCAGAUAGCUUUUUGGAAUGCAUUGCAGUGGAGAGAAGGGCUCUGUGACGUUUUGCUUCCUUGCGCUUCUGGGAAGCUGUAAGGACAAUGGUGCACAAUGUGACGUGGUGUGAUGUGAGAGCGCUUGGUUUUCAAAAAACAUAGUUACUCACACUCUGCGUUCUGUUGCUGUAUGUAUGUUUUGUAAUCAUUAAUUCCUACCACUAAUUGCACAGGGGGUGACUAAUUCUGUAUCGUCUUUUUUGUAUUGUUGUGAAUGGUCUAUUGGUGUCCUGGAAGUUGGGCGCUGAUUGAGAGCACUUUAACUUAACUGUGCUUAUGUUAGUGGGUGCAGCAGAGGCAAUACAUAAACCUGCUACACUGGGACCAUUGUUGUCAGGCGUAAACAUCCUCCUAUAUAGGAAUAAACACUAUAAUCUCACUUUGUCUAAACCACAUUGCUCUAGAGAGGACAGACUAAGAUUUGAGGUUUCCCAUCAGUGCCAAUGGCUUUGGGUCAAGCUGGCUUGUUUUGUGAGCCUGUUUAAUAUGAUUUUAAUUAAGGGAUGUUUUUUAAUACUUACCGAGUUGUACAUUUAAGUGUUUCAGAUUGUUUCUGAAAGCGUCCAGGGGGAAGUUCAGAGUUCAAAUUGAGUACGUUCACAUUGAUUCCCCUGGCCAAGACCAGCGCCUUGAUCACAUCGCUAGUUUCUUUGACAAAAGUGAGUCAUUUCAAACUCCAUAUCUUGUUUGAAUGGCAGAGAAACGAAUAUUUGCCCAUUCUCUUAGUCUCAAAAAAAGAUAGAUCACUUAAGCAGUGUGCCUUCAUACAUCUAAAAUUUGUGAGUAACAAACAGUGGUCCAAUUGGAAGAGAAUUUUUCCAAUGACUGUUUCUGCACUGAAUGUCAUGAAAUGGCUCCAUGAAACAUCAUCUUCAUGGACCUGGUGCUGAUGUAUGAUGUGUUUUUGAGUAGAGCUAGGGAUAUGACUAUUGACUCCCUCAACUUUCAUAUUUUAUUUCAGUUGACGAGAUCAGGUACAACUCCCAAAUGCAAAGCUCAGGCUCGAAACAGCAGUGUGACUAUAACCAGCAACCAGCUUUGUGUAUGUGUGUAUGUUGCACUGCCCCUGACCUUCUUGUCAAGACUUCAGCUGGCAUGAAACGUUUUGUGUUAUCUGCUCCUCCCGAGAAACACUAAUCACAGCCUAUCCUGAUGCAUUUAAAGUCUUCCUGCACAUUAUCCCGUUGAGUCAUUUUUUUCUUGCACAAGAAAAAGGUGCCAUGGUCAUACUAGGAAUAAAUACAAAGACAAAAGGAAGGAUCUUUGGGGCAACUCUCAGUGGUAUGAAUUGAUCUCCCUCACCCCAUUUGGAAGGUGUGGGUGAACGUAGUGCAAUUUAGACAGAGCUUUAGCUUGGAUUAUAGUGGUGAAGCAGGUUUCAGGUUGACAUGGCAUCUGAAGGGGCCAGCUGUCCUGCUCAUCUGUAAAAGUGUAAUGCUUGGCUUUGCUCCAGACACUCCUUACUGCACUAACUUAUGAAACUUGACUAGUACCUACCUAUACCUGUACCAAUUUUCAUCAGGGCUGGAAUAUAUGCUCAGUCAGAUGGGGGUAGAGAAGCGGAUUAUGCUGCCUCUUCUCUCCACCUUAGUUUCCCUAGUUUUACUUAAGACAUAUUGGAUUAAAAUAGAUAUCUAUCUAUAUAUAUAUAUAUAUUGAUACAGAUUUUAAAAUGAAAUAUUUUUAAUAGUAGUAACUGUAAAAAAAAUGCAAUAAUGUUCUUGGGCUUAGCUAUAAUGGUGACCCAUAUGAAAACCAAUGUGAAUUGUUUGAGAAGUUGGUUUCCUUUGAAAUCACCUUUAGGUUAAAGUCAUCCUGUUCACAUCAUGACAGCAAUGGAUCUAGUGCAAUGCCAUUGAAAGGUGUGUGAGAGAAGCUAUAGAUUAAUGUGACCAAAGGUUUAAGUUUGGUGAAUAAUUGUCAGAGUGAUCAGAAACCAUCCUAACAAAGUAAUUGCAAAAUUGACUCGAAUCACAGGUGCUAAUUGGCUCAUUGUGUGAAUUUGCUUCACUUACUUUCAGAAGUGCCUUUUCUUAAAUUUUACACCCUUUUCUGAAGUAACCCAACUCAAGUAGCCCCCAGUUUAGUUCAAUUUCAUCUUGCGGCAAAUGAAAGCAUAAUUCCUUAUUGUAGAAAACGCGACUAAAAAUAUAAGCGUUAAUUUAGAGUUUUUAUAGAAGUGUGUAGUGUUCUGCGACGAAUUUGAAAUUAUCACAAAGAAAUGGUGUACACAAAGCUUUCAGUCCCCCAUAUUUUAGUAACAAUGUUAUUAUUAAGGUAUGUUCUUGAUCUUUGUUAACCAGAUCAAUAUAGUUAAAUGUAAUUUAUGAAAUAUUUCUAGACCACCAGGUCUAUUCAGAUUGACUUAAGUCAGGGAUGUCCAAACUCAGUCCUGGAGGGCCGGUGUCCUGCUGAGUUUAGCUCCAACUUGCACAUCUGCCAGGAAGUUUCUAGUAUAUCUAGUAAGGCCCUAGCUGGUUCAGGUGUGUCUGGUUAGGGUUGAAGCUAAACUCUCCAGGACACCGGCCCUCCAGGACCGAGUUCGGACAUCCCUGACUUAAGUGAUCGGACAGCACAUGAAUAAUGUGUAUGGAUGGAGACUAUCACAGAUCUCAAAACCGAAUGAAAGGUCAUGAUUUUCAGACGAUACGCUAAGGUUUGGAUUGGCAGUGUGUUGAUGUCAGUAGCCUAACUUGGGAAGCUGAGAUUUCUUAGAAAAUAACAAGACUGUGUUAAAAUGUUAGAGAGAAUGUUGCAAGCCAUUUUGUGUGCAGAGCCUUGCACAGUAUACCAACAGGAAACGUUUUCUGUUCAGUGUUCUUCAACCCAUUUCUGUACACAAACUAGAGGGAGGUUCAGCAAUCUUUGGACAGGAAUAAAGACUGACUUGUUCAAUUCUGGUUGGAUCUUUUUCAGAUCCAAUACAUCAUAAGCAUCACCCAUUUAAAAUGGUGUAUGCACAUUUGUUUUCGAGGAAGGGACUGAUGGUGGAACCGAGUGUCAUUGUUACAGCAAUUGACAACGAUCAUUCGUGAGAUGACUCUUGAGCCAUCCAUGACCUUCCUCUUUAUUUCUUAUUUGACCCUUGGGAGUAAACCCUCAAUACACUUCCUGAAAUAGGGACUGUGGGUUCUGUGGAGUGACGUGGAUAUCACUGUCUCUCACCUUCUUAUACGUUAAUUAUUAUUAUUUUUUAUACACUGCCCGAGGUUCGUACUGUACAUUGUAAUUACUCGCACUCGGCGUCCUCUCUCUAUGUCAUCGUUCCUUCUUUCUCUCUUAUGUACAGUUAUUGGUCCCUACUCCCAGGCUGUUACUAAGUUGCUCUGUUGUAAUCUUUUGUUUGACUUUGGGUUACAGUUUGCUGUUCUUGUGGGGGAGCAGAAGCAUGCCCCCCUUUCACCAGUAGCUGUCACUCUUGGUGCUCUUGGCUUAUGCUUCAUUGUCUUAAAAUUCAAAAAUAAAAGUGUUGUAUGUGUAA